AUGCCGCCUAGCGUAUCGAUUUCGAUUUUUCCAUCAGACCGUCACGGUGUGGUCGGUUCACAGUUUCAUUCGCCUUCCACACGUUUACAUCGUGAGGAUUCUAGGCGUGAAGUGCGACGGACGACAGUUAAAAAGCUGAAAAUACUCCCUCAUUCGGAUCGAUUCUUUAGUAUUGACAGCGAGUUUCUACGUCAGUUUUGUCCACCGUUCGCCGGCUGUCAUCCACGCGAAGCCCUGAAACUGGCGAAUAUCCGCCCAGAGCUGUUCAACAUGGUCCCUGUGUACAACUGGGCUCGCAGGGACAGGUAA